AUGGACUGCCUCGGAGUAAAUAACUUGGCAAAUGACAGAAUCUCAAAUGAUAAAGCAAUCAAUCACCGGGGCAAAUCGCUGCAAGAUUUUAUGGACUCAAAUGGCUUUAUUCUCAUAAAUGGUCGCUCCAUGAGCGAUACUCCGGGACAGUUCACGUUUGGCAACGCCAACGGAAACAGCACAGUUGACCUGGUGUGGGUAAACAUCAUAGGGCUUCACCUAAUCAGAGACAUGUGGGUUGAGAGUGUCAUCACGAAAUCUGACCACUGGCCAGUCACGCUAGAAUUAAAUUUACCCUUCUCCAAUCCUUCGAUAGAGGACCAGGACUUAAUCUCUGCCGCUAGAUCCAGACUCGUAUGGUCACCGUCGCAGUCUUCAAGUUUUAAGAUGGCAAUGCUUCACUCUCCUAACGUCACCGGCGACUUUGCCACCUCAACUUCUGACCGUCUAUAUGAUAACCUAUGCGAAGGUAUUGAGCUUGCAGCAUCCAGUUGCGGCCUACUCAAACCACUCCCACAUAAAAGAAGUCAACUCACCCCAAAUAAGCCUUGGUUCGACUCAGAAUGCCUGUCGUCAAAGAAAUCACUUAAGAAGCUCCUGUCCCUCUGUAAGUUGAACCAACAAAACAAGUUUUUAUGGCUUGAAUACUACGCACUAAAAAAUAGUCACUUCCAACUUUUAAAAAGUAGGAAAUUAACAUACGACAUGCUACUCCUAGAAAAAUUCAAGAACAUCAAAUCUCACUCCGAUUUCUGGGGUGUUGUCAAAACAGUAAAUAGACCGCCUUCACAACCUCAACACAUACCGCUCUCCAAGUGGGCAGAGUUUCUUAACAGCAUUUAUGGAGACAAACAAACACCUCAAGCACAAUACUCCGGCAUAUUCGAUGAGGAUCUUGACGCGGAAAUUACACUUGAAGAAGUCCAAAAAAGUCUGCAUAAAAUUAAGAACGGAAAAUCCGCUGACUCCGAUGGCAUACCAAACGAAUUCCUGAAAGUCCUUCCACACAACUGGCUGCUCUAUAUCGUCGCCUUAUUUAAUAAAAUUUACAACUCAGGUGAAACCCCUGCUGACUGGUCAAGAGUCAUAAUUUUCAUGCUCCAUAAAAAAGGAGACCCACUGGAACCUGGCAACUACCGUGGGAUUGCACUAGUUAACUGCCUGACCAAAGUCUUUACCCAAAUUCUUCUGGAUCGUAUCAGAGCUUGGGCUACCCGACACAAACUCAUACCGGUAGAACAGGCGGGAUUUGAGCCAGGGCGCAGCUGCGCUGACAACGUUUUUUCGCUCAUCGCACUUCACCAGCUCCAAUCCAGAUUCAAGAACUCAGUAUCCUACAUCUUGUUCAUUGAUUUCAAGCGAGCUUUUGACUCAAUCCCUCACGCCAAAUUAUGGGACAAGCUCCACAACCUGAAGUUAAGCUCUAAAAUUUUGAAUUUACUCAUUAACUUCUACUCCAAGAUCAAAGUACAAGUGAGAGGUAACAAAAAUAGUCUCUCUCCUCCAAUUGUUAUUACCGAGGGGGUUCUCCGAGGAGAAAUACUGAGCCCUAUUCUCUUCAGCCUUUACAUUUCUGAUAUUGUACUGUUCUUUUAA